AUGUCUCGAGGUCCUGAAUUGCCGGAGCCCGCGUUCAAGCGGUUCACGAAGGAGAUUGGGUGGAGUUCGCUGGUGCAUUCGUCACGUGACAUCAAGAUUCUGAUUGCGCAAAAGGUGUUGCGAAUGAUUGCCUAUGGUCAGAGCACUUUGAUUCUGGUGCAGUUUUUCCGGGCGAUUCACGUGUCGGAUGUUAGUCUGGGGUACUUUAUGACGCUGACGUUGCUCGGGGACGUAAUUAUUAGCUACUUUUUGACGCUUUACGCCGACCAGAUUGGGCGCCGACAUGUGCUGUUGCUGGGAUCUUUCCUGAUGAUGGUCAGUGGGAUUGUUUUUGUCUUUUCCGAUCACUUUGUUGUACUGUUGAUAGCCGCAAUUGUUGGCGUGAUUAGUCCGUCGGGCGACGAGACCGGGCCCUUCAAGUCCAUUGAGGAGUCUGUAGUUGCUCAUUUGACUCCUACCAAGGAGUUGUCGGACAUUUACGCGUGGUACGGGCUGUUUGGCACUGUUGGCAGUGCGGUGGGAAGUGUGUCUGCGGGACUCAUGAUCGAUGGGCUGGUUGACCAUUAUGGCUGGACCAAGCUCAAGGUCUACCGGUUCAUGUUUGCCCAAUAUGCCUUUUUUGCGUUCCUCAAGCUGCUGCUCAAUUGGGGUCUAAGCGACAAGUGCGAGCUGCGAAAACGAUCGGAGGAGGAGGAGCGACGGGACGAGGCCAUUGCCACUGGUGACGAGUCUGAUCCUUUGUUGCGUCCCACCGACCACCACGACCCCACUCCGUCCCAGUCCCCCAAGUUCUCAGUCUGGGGCACUCCUCUCAGCCGUAGAAGUCGACAGGUGGUGUGGAAGCUGUGCAUUCUGUUUGCUCUGGACUCCAUGGGCUAUGGCUUCAUGCCAAUCUCCUGGGUCGUCACCUACUUUCUGGACCGAUGGAAGGCCAGUGAAAGCACCGUGGGCACUCUGUUCUUCUUCACCAACGUGCUCAACGCCCUGUCGUCGCUGGCCUCUUCGUCCAUGUACAAGCGUCUGGGCCCCAUCAUUGCCAUUGUCGCUGCACACUUCCCCUCAGCCAUGGCCAUGUCCUUCAUUCCACUGGCUCCAAACAUGCCCAUUGCCAUGGCUCUGCUGCUGUUCCGAGCGUCCACAGCCGUCAUGGACGUGGUACCGCGACAGGCCUUCUUGUCGCACGUGGUGUCUGCCGAGGAGCGAACCAAGGUCAUGGGCAUCGUCAACGUGGUCAAGACGCUGGCUCGAUCUGUGGGUCCCAUUUUCACCGGCAUGUUUGCCGAAAAGAACAUGCUGGGCUUUGCUUUCCUCAUCACCGGUCUUCUCGAGGCCGCCCACGAUAUGGGCAUGUUGACUCUCUUCUGGAAGUACAACCGGAUCAUCAAGCACUGA